UAAAAUGCAUCGAAUAAAUGAAUUUUGCGUGAAAUGUGUGUGUUGAGAAUGUUGAAGAUGAGUUGCUUUCCGUAGAAUUGCCUUAAAAAAUAUAUUUUUUUUGUGUAUAGAAAGAUUAUCCAAGCAUGCUGCUAUGAUUUGAUCAACUGUAUGAGCUUAUGUGUGUGUACAUUCUCAAAACUUGUUGUGUAUGUAAUUGUGUAUUGGCCACACGUCGUUUGUGGUAGUGCAUGUGUGUACCGACCUACAGUGAGUUGUUAUUUUUUUCUCUUCUCUCAAUUAAAAUAUAGAAAAAAAAGAAGAAAAAAACUUUUUUUAAAUACACACGGGCAAACACAUAAUAUCAACUGAGUUAAUACGACAGAAACUAAUGACGAAAAAUAUUGUGUGCAGUUUAGUGCGGUGGCUGCUGUAGCGGCUUUUUUUGCCAAUUCGCAUUAACAAAAAAAAUUUUUUUCCUGCAACUAAGGUUUUCUUUACUGAAUUCUUCUCAAGUAAUUUGGUGUGAACCAUUUGUUGCCAUUUAUCGUGAGUAUAGAUCGUGUGCUCAGCAAAAAUUGUGUGCCAAUAAAAACUGGUCGUCUGUGUGUGUCUGUCGUUCGUUCGUUCGCUCGGUACUUUUUUUUUGCUCUUGCUGUGCUGCUGUGAAGUGAAGCAACGACAGCUGCUGCAGUUGUUGUGCUCCGCAUUGGGGCCCAAACCCGUAACAUGAUUUCAUUUUCAAGAUGGCGUUCAUGAAUUUGGCGUACCCAACCAAUUGUGCCUUGUCGUGAGUGUAGUAGACCCGAAUGUGACACCCGACUCGAAAAACUCUCUCUCACUCUGUUGCUCUCUGUAUCUAUCUGUACCGUAACCGUUUCCGUUCCAUUUCUCGGGAAACACGGUUGUCUCUCACAGAAUUGUCUUGUUUUGAUUUCCACAAAACAACUAUGUGAAGUGCAUUUGAUUUUAUGGCAUUAUCAGCUGAUUGCAAAUUGUGUAUGCAUUCGAAAGAUCUUCAUAAUAAUUAUGGUAAUUGUACCAUCGAAGUGAUGUUAUAAUAAAUGCGGAAAAUUGUGGUAGAAACGCGACCAAAAUUAGUGUCCAACAUUGUGACGGAGAGGUUGAAACCUAGAAAGAAUUGAUAAAAGCAACAACAACAACAACAACAACAACCAAGAGCUCAACAUUUGAACUGUAUCAAUCGAGAACAUAAUAAGCGACGCAUCAAACGGGGAAAAAAAGGCAAUUUGAGUGGCAGUCAAGGCUUGCGCAACAUCAAAUGGGUGAAGUCGGCACAAAUUCUGCAGACAGUCCACAUGCUGAUUUGAAAAUGAAUGGUGGCAUCAACGGGAAUUGUGACGAUGAAGCAAUGGACGUUGACGCACAAGACACACCGACACAACCAAUCGCCAAAAAUGCUGACAGCAGCUCCGAUAAACCAGCAACACCAACACCAACCGUAACCGAUAGUGACAAUGUCAUGGAAGUGGACACCAGUGGCAAUUCAGAUGGCGUUGAGUUGAUAACUAGUGAAAAUGAUAUAGGAAAAGAAAGUGUUGAAACGAAGGCGCAUGAAAAUGGUGCCGCCGAUACGAAUGAUGAGAAAUGUGAUUCGAAGGAAUCAAUUAAAGAGACAGUUUCAGAUGAUGCGUUGACUGAGGAGCCGGCGGUAGCCGAGGAUGACAGCGAAUCGGAUAAAUUAGUCGAAGACAGUGAUUCAACGGUCAAAGUCUCAAGUGAUCCAUUGUCGGCGGAUGCAGAGCCCAUAGAUGAUGAUAAGCGCACAAAUCAAAGUCGACCACAGUCGACGGAAAAUGGAACAAGUGCCACAAUAACGAGUAGUGAUGAUAAAAAAGAUAUUGACAAAGCGCAGUCAAAAGGAUCCAUACGCAUCGAUGACGAUGAUGAAAUUCAUGCGAUUUCCGAUUCAGACGAAGACGAUGUGCAAGAGAAACCGGCUGAAAAUCCAUUGAAAGGCAUCGAAGACAAAACGUUGAGUGGUUCGCAGUCCAACGGAAUUGGUCUUGACGAAGACGGCGAUGAAGGUGAUGAAGAUAAACCAGUUAGCAUACACUCCGAUUCCGAUUCAGACAGUGAGCUUCCGAGCAAGGAUGAAGUGCACGAAAUUCUCAGCGAUAAAGAAGAUUGUGUGGUGAUCGAGGAUGAAAAGAAGCUUGAUGACAGUGAUUUAACGGUUCGGGCAGUCAAUCGAAAUCGCAAAAGUACGGUACGGCCUCGUGAAGAUUAUUCUGCGUACGAUGAUGAUAUCGAGGAAAUAAUCGAAGAUCCACUUGAGCAAAGCGCACCCAAACGACCACGAUUAACCGACCCAUUAGCUAGCGAAUCUCGUAAGCUCCAAGUGCCGAGCAACAAUAGUAGUACAUCGAAAGAGCCAACGUUAGUCAUUAUUGACACAAAUACGAUAUUGUCGCGAGGUACCGCGGCAAAUGUGCAAGCAUUGAACAAAUCAAAUGUAUCCGUCACACCGGUGGUCGGUGUUCCAGCCCAAGGUAUUUAUCCAAUUGAAUCACGAGCAUCGAUCACACCCGUACCUAAUAACAAUCAAGUGAUUGCCACCGGGACAUCGACGACAUUGGCCGGUUUGAAUGCGCCCGUUCUAACCGCCCUCACCGAUGAUAUGUUCGUGUUGGAAGCACCGUCAUUCAUAGUUCCUUACAUUUAUGAAAAACCACCAUCCGAAGAUCUUAAAGAAAUCGUUCUGAAAAUGGGUGUUGAAAUCGAAGAAAGGAAAAAACUGGAAGCAAGCAAUGACAAAGGUGAACCGGAACCAGCCGAAGAUGCCAAAGACGAAGAAAAGUCGGAAACUGAAGAGGCCACUACGGAAAAGAAACCAACGAAAAAGCGAAAACCACCCAAAAAUGGUGACGAUUCAUGGGACGAAUCGGAUAUGUCGACCGAUGAUGAGGGUGAUUCGGAUGUUGAGGAUACAAAAGUGUUGAUUAAAGAAGCUAAGGCUGAUCUCGAUUCGAUCAAAACACAUAUCAUACACCGAGAUUUGACAAAAGACCCCACCUGCUUAUCGGACGAUAAGAAAGACGGUAACAAUUACUUUGACAGUCCAUUAGGGAAGUUUUUCAUGGAUAUUGGCAUCAAUUUGGUGCAAGAGCAUGUGCAAACGGAUCUAUUACGGCAGCAAAAGCGUAAACUAAACCGAGAGGGUAAUCAAGCAUCACCAAGUGUACAGGUGGCCAUCAAUUCGUUGAUGAAAAAUUUGGAACUGAGCAAAGGCAAAAAUGAUGUAUUCAAAUUCGAAACGAAACGAUGCGAAUACUGUAAUUUCAAGUCGGAAUCAUCACUUGUUAUGGCCCAUCACUAUGAGACGCCACACAUGAAGGGUAGCCUGUACAAGUGCAACUUCUGUGCGUACGAAGUGAAACCACCGUACGAUAUAUUGUUACACAUGAAGACUGUGCACAAUAUUCAGGCGCGAUUGGAAAAGGCAGCUUCGUAUCAUCAGUGUCCAAACUGUUUGUUCGAAGACAAUGGCCGAUCGAAAUUGGCACGUCAUGCCGUGGUGUGCAGCAAGAAAUUCCGGCCUGAAUUGAAUCUGGCACCGCCAGUCGAUUGGGAUCCACCAGCUAAAAUACCACGAAUUAAACCACGACAUGGACUCGUCGGCACUGCAAAUGCUUAUCAAGCGAUGGCAGCGCAGGCACAACGAGCUGCAACGGCCGCAAUGCAAAGACAGACCACAAUGAAUGUAAAUGCAGCAGCCGUAGCAGCGAUGAAUAAGAACAAUCGUGGACGACCACAAACAAUCACCAAGGUGAUGCCAACCGCAAACAACAAUAUGCGUGCGGCGCAGCAACAAGCGGUACGACCACAAAUUCCAGGAGGCGUAGUUCUUCCGAAUAACUUCCAAGUGUCAAAUCCCGGACAAUACAACAUUCAGCCUACUGGAUCAAAAACCACACAGAAGACUUCACAACAGCCAAGUAUAUCGAUAACAGCAUUACCGAGACAAACACAACCGACGAGUAUACAUUCAACGACAGCAAGCCUAUCCGCCGCGAAUGCAAUGCAAUCGACAUCAAUUUUACCCAAACCAUCGGGCGCGGCGGCUGCUGUCAAACCGGGCCAAAACCAGGGUGGCAAAGCAUCCUUUGUUAUUUGUGAAAUUUGUGAUGGUUGGAUCAAGGACUUGGAUCAAUUGCGAAAUCACAUGCAAUGGAUGCACAAAGUUAAGAUUCACCCGAAAAUGAUUUACAAUCGGCCACCACUGAAUUGCCAGAAGUGUCAGUUCCGGUUUUUCACCGAUCAAGGUCUCGAGCGACAUUUGCUCGGCUCGCAUGGUUUAGUGACGAGUUCAAUGCAAGAAGCUGCCAACAAGGGUAAAGAUGCUGGCCGGUGUCCAGUUUGCGGAAGGAUGUAUCAAUGGAAACUGCUGAAUCACGUGUCUCGAGAGCACAAUAUGACUUUAAAACCUGCCCAUUUAUCCUACAAAUGUACCGUGUGCACGGCCACAUUUGGCAUGUACAAACAAUUUGAGAAUCAUGUAUACUCCGCCCACAGUACGGUCGCGAAAAAAUCCAACGACAGCAAAUCAAAAGCAUCAUCAGCAUCGUCAAGUAGUGGUGGUGGCGGUGGCAGCAUGGGCAACAGUAGUCGAAGCAGUUUAAUGGCACCUGGUACUGGUGCAUCAAUAUUGAAAAACCAACCAUUUAAAAUAAACGACGAAAUAACCAUAACUCCUCAACCAGCAUCGCGAAAUAAUCGGCCAAUUGAAAUCGAAAGUCACAUCAUUGAUUAAUCAAAUCAUUGCGCAAAUGAUUGUGAAUAAAAUCACCGUUCCACAGCGCUCUUUAAGUUGAAAAGAAAUAAAAAACAAAAAUCUGUAAUUAAAAAGAAACACACAGGCAAACUACAAAUGUAGAUGAUAAGGAAAUCCUAUAUUACAAUUGAAUGAAAAAGAAGAAAGAAAAAAAACAACAACAUUGAUGCUAAAGCUGAAGAAUUCAACAAUAGUGUUAAGAACUUAUUUAAAAUUAAUUAAAUUGAUAACAUUUUAGGAGCAUAUGCAAAUUACAAUUAUAAAUGCGAAAUCUAAACAAAAAAACUUACAAAAAAAACAUUAAAAGAAGAAGAAGAAGAAAGUAGCAACAAAAGAGGUAUCCAACAAUAUAAGAGAGACAAUUAUAUGCAUUGCUCUCUUUCUUUCUCGCUGCGUUGGGUCAACUAAAUUAUUGUACUGAUGAUGAUGAUGAUGAUGAUGAUAGUGUAUAUGUUUGUAAUACGAGAAAAAACCUACAUGCAACACCUAGAAAUAUUUAAAUUUAAACGCGUCAUACACACAAACAGACAAAAAUUGUAUUCAAAAAGAAGACAUCAAGCAUUGGAAAUAAUCGUUUAACCCAUGUUUAAAAACCAUGUUCAAACAAAACAAAACCUAAAAAAAAAAACAAACCCAAAAACAAUACGAAA